AUGUUGGUAGUAGAGCUUCUAUUCGUGCUGAAUGUGCUUGCUGCAAACUGCGCUGGAGGCACUAGAAACAGUCGCGCAACUGGCAAUCAGUGCGGAACAAUAGAGGGAAUAAGCAGUCCCAUGGAAUGCGCGGAGGGGCACGCACUGGACGAGGCCGCAAACGCAUGCAGGGCCCCUCCGUCUUUCCAAUGCGAGGUCGACAAACUGGUAACUAUAGGAUCAGCCCAAGCGUGUACACAAUGCAAGCAGGGCUUCGCACCCAUCGACGGUGUCUGCACGGCGUUCGGGGACGAUCUCGUCACAAAGACGGCAAAGUGCACGCAAUCGGGCGGAGCCGCAAUAGAGGGCACGGACACCUCGUGUGGUAAAUGUGGCGGCGACGGGUACUUCCUCUUCAUGGGCGGCUGUUAUAAAACAGGGGCGUCUCCCGGAGAACUUAUAUGCACCAAUGCAGUCGGUGGGGUAUGUGCCGCUUGCAAGGCUGACGGAAGUGUUUUCCAAAACAAGGCAUCAGUUAAGACACCGGGCAGCGAGUGCAUUCUGUGCUCAGACUCCGUUGGUGCAGAUAGCAACAAAGGAGUGGCAAACUGUGCGGCCUGUGAUGCGCCGACAGGGGACACGGGCACAGCCAAGUGCAAAGCAUGCGCGGAGGGGCACGCACUGGACGAGGCCGCAAACGCAUGCAGGGCCCCUCCGUCUUUCCAAUGCGAGGUCGACAAACUGGUAACUAUAGGAUCAGCCCAAGCGUGUACACAAUGCAAGCAGGGCUUCGCACCCAUCGACGGUGUCUGCACGGCGUUCGGGGACGAUCUCGUCACAAAGACGGCAAAGUGCACGCAAUCGGGCGGAGCCGCAAUAGAGGGCACGGACACCUCGUGUGGUAAAUGUGGCGGCGACGGGUACUUCCUCUUCAUGGGCGGCUGUUAUAAAACAGGGGCGUCUCCCGGAGAACUUAUAUGCACCAAUGCAGUCGGUGGGGUAUGUGCCGCUUGCAAGGCUGACGGAAGUGUUUUCCAAAACAAGGCAUCAGUUAAGACACCGGGCAGCGAGUGCAUUCUGUGCUCAGACUCCGUUGGUGCAGAUAGCAACAAAGGAGUGGCAAACUGUGCGGCCUGUGAUGCGCCGACAGGGGACACGGGCACAGCCAAGUGCAAAGCAUGCGCGGAGGGGCACGCACUGGACGAGGCCGCAAACGCAUGCAGGGCCCCUCCGUCUUUCCAAUGCGAGGUCGACAAACUGGUAACUAUAGGAUCAGCCCAAGCGUGUACACAAUGCAAGCAGGGCUUCGCACCCAUCGACGGUGUCUGCACGGCGUUCGGGGACGAUCUCGUCACAAAGACGGCAAAGUGCACGCAAUCGGGCGGAGCCGCAAUAGAGGGCACGGACACCUCGUGUGGUAAAUGUGGCGGCGACGGGUACUUCCUCUUCAUGGGCGGCUGUUAUAAAACAGGGGCGUCUCCCGGAGAACUUAUAUGCACCAAUGCAGUCGGUGGGGUAUGUGCCGCUUGCAAGGCUGACGGAAGUGUUUUCCAAAACAAGGCAUCAGUUAAGACACCGGGCAGCGAGUGCAUUCUGUGCUCAGACUCCGUUGGUGCAGAUAGCAACAAAGGAGUGGCAAACUGUGCGGCCUGUGAUGCGCCGACAGGGGACACGGGCACAGCCAAGUGCAAAGCAUGCGCGGAGGGGCACGCACUGGACGAGGCCGCAAACGCAUGCAGGGCCCCUCCGUCUUUCCAAUGCGAGGUCGACAAACUGGUAACUAUAGGAUCAGCCCAAGCGUGUACACAAUGCAAGCAGGGCUUCGCACCCAUCGACGGUGUCUGCACGGCGUUCGGGGACGAUCUCGUCACAAAGACGGCAAAGUGCACGCAAUCGGGCGGAGCCGCAAUAGAGGGCACGGACACCUCGUGUGGUAAAUGUGGCGGCGACGGGUACUUCCUCUUCAUGGGCGGCUGUUAUAAAACAGGGGCGUCUCCCGGAGAACUUAUAUGCACCAAUGCAGUCGGUGGGGUAUGUGCCGCUUGCAAGGCUGACGGAAGUGUUUUCCAAAACAAGGCAUCAGUUAAGACACCGGGCAGCGAGUGCAUUCUGUGCUCAGACUCCGUUGGUGCAGAUAGCAACAAAGGAGUGGCAAACUGUGCGGCCUGUGAUGCGCCGACAGGGGACACGGGCACAGCCAAGUGCAAAGCAUGCGCGGAGGGGCACGCACUGGACGAGGCCGCAAACGCAUGCAGGGCCCCUCCGUCUUUCCAAUGCGAGGUCGACAAACUGGUAACUAUAGGAUCAGCCCAAGCGUGUACACAAUGCAAGCAGGGCUUCGCACCCAUCGACGGUGUCUGCACGGCGUUCGGGGACGAUCUCGUCACAAAGACGGCAAAGUGCACGCAAUCGGGCGGAGCCGCAAUAGAGGGCACGGACACCUCGUGUGGUAAAUGUGGCGGCGACGGGUACUUCCUCUUCAUGGGCGGCUGUUAUAAAACAGGGGCGUCUCCCGGAGAACUUAUAUGCACCAAUGCAGUCGGUGGGGUAUGUGCCGCUUGCAAGGCUGACGGAAGUGUUUUCCAAAACAAGGCAUCAGUUAAGACACCGGGCAGCGAGUGCAUUCUGUGCUCAGACUCCGUUGGUGCAGAUAGCAACAAAGGAGUGGCAAACUGUGCGGCCUGUGAUGCGCCGACAGGGGACACGGGCACAGCCAAGUGCAAAGCAUGCGCGGAGGGGCACGCACUGGACGAGGCCGCAAACGCAUGCAGGGCCCCUCCGUCUUUCCAAUGCGAGGUCGACAAACUGGUAACUAUAGGAUCAGCCCAAGCGUGUACACAAUGCAAGCAGGGCUUCGCACCCAUCGACGGUGUCUGCACGGCGUUCGGGGACGAUCUCGUCACAAAGACGGCAAAGUGCACGCAAUCGGGCGGAGCCGCAAUAGAGGGCACGGACACCUCGUGUGGUAAAUGUGGCGGCGACGGGUACUUCCUCUUCAUGGGCGGCUGUUAUAAAACAGGGGCGUCUCCCGGAGAACUUAUAUGCACCAAUGCAGUCGGUGGGGUAUGUGCCGCUUGCAAGGCUGACGGAAGUGUUUUCCAAAACAAGGCAUCAGUUAAGACACCGGGCAGCGAGUGCAUUCUGUGCUCAGACUCCGUUGGUGCAGAUAGCAACAAAGGAGUGGCAAACUGUGCGGCCUGUGAUGCGCCGACAGGGGACACGGGCACAGCCAAGUGCAAAGCAUGCGCGGAGGGGCACGCACUGGACGAGGCCGCAAACGCAUGCAGGGCCCCUCCGUCUUUCCAAUGCGAGGUCGACAAACUGGUAACUAUAGGAUCAGCCCAAGCGUGUACACAAUGCAAGCAGGGCUUCGCACCCAUCGACGGUGUCUGCACGGCGUUCGGGGACGAUCUCGUCACAAAGACGGCAAAGUGCACGCAAUCGGGCGGAGCCGCAAUAGAGGGCACGGACACCUCGUGUGGUAAAUGUGGCGGCGACGGGUACUUCCUCUUCAUGGGCGGCUGUUAUAAAACAGGGGCGUCUCCCGGAGAACUUAUAUGCACCAAUGCAGUCGGUGGGGUAUGUGCCGCUUGCAAGGCUGACGGAAGUGUUUUCCAAAACAAGGCAUCAGUUAAGACACCGGGCAGCGAGUGCAUUCUGUGCUCAGACUCCGUUGGUGCAGAUAGCAACAAAGGAGUGGCAAACUGUGCGGCCUGUGAUGCGCCGACAGGGGACACGGGCACAGCCAAGUGCAAAGCAUGCGCGGAGGGGCACGCACUGGACGAGGCCGCAAACGCAUGCAGGGCCCCUCCGUCUUUCCAAUGCGAGGUCGACAAACUGGUAACUAUAGGAUCAGCCCAAGCGUGUACACAAUGCAAGCAGGGCUUCGCACCCAUCGACGGUGUCUGCACGGCGUUCGGGGACGAUCUCGUCACAAAGACGGCAAAGUGCACGCAAUCGGGCGGAGCCGCAAUAGAGGGCACGGACACCUCGUGUGGUAAAUGUGGCGGCGACGGGUACUUCCUCUUCAUGGGCGGCUGUUAUAAAACAGGGGCGUCUCCCGGAGAACUUAUAUGCACCAAUGCAGUCGGUGGGGUAUGUGCCGCUUGCAAGGCUGACGGAAGUGUUUUCCAAAACAAGGCAUCAGUUAAGACACCGGGCAGCGAGUGCAUUCUGUGCUCAGACUCCGUUGGUGCAGAUAGCAACAAAGGAGUGGCAAACUGUGCGGCCUGUGAUGCGCCGACAGGGGACACGGGCACAGCCAAGUGCAAAGCAUGCGCGGAGGGGCACGCACUGGACGAGGCCGCAAACGCAUGCGUAUCUAGCGGCGGUGCCGGUGGAAGCGUCAAUAAGGGAGGCCUUUCCACAGGCGCCAUAGCAGGUAUCACCGUCGCCGUGGUGGUCGUCGUCGGAGGCCUUGCCGGCUUCCUCUGUUGGUGGUUUAUUUGUCGGGGGAAAGCGUAG